GUUAAGCUCAGUCGCAAUCGCAGUCUCAUUCGUUCCGUUCCCCCAAGCUGUAUACUUUAUACUUUAUACUGUAUCGUAUCUGAUCGAUCCGGUCCGGCAUGGGAAGUUUUCCAGCUCUACUUGUUGUUGUCGGCUCGCUGGCAUUGGGCGCGAAUGCUCAACUCCCCAUCAAUUGUGUAUCAAAAAUCCCUAGUGGCCGGGUCACCGGUCACUGCAUCUCGAUCCGUGACUGUGACUACUUUAUGAAGAUCCUCGUAUCCGCCAAUCUCUCCCAGAGCGAUCGCACUCUUCUCCGCGAGAAUCAGUGCGGGCAGCGGGCCAACGGCGUCCAGGUCUGUUGCCCCAGUACCGCCGGUUUGGGAGCCCUGAGCCACCCACUAUUGCCCACGGAUUGCGGGAUGGUUCGUUGGCAACGUUCAAAUGAUACGGAUACGCGGAUCAAGGAGUUUCCCUGGCUGGCCCUUAUCGAGUAUACCCGGGGCAACCAAGAGAAGAUCCACGCCUGCGGGGGAGUGCUUAUCAGCAAUCGCUAUGUGCUGACUGCUGCCCACUGUGUAACCCAGGCGGCGGCCAGCAAUCUGCAGAUUACGGCGGUUCGCCUGGGAGAAUGGGAUACCAGCACGAAUCCGGACUGCCAGUUCCACCAGGACACCCAGGUGGCGGAUUGUGCUCCUACAUACCAGGAUAUAGGCAUCGAGGAGUUGCUGCCGCAUCCCCGGUACACGAGAACCGACAAGACUCAAGUCAAUGACAUUGCCCUCGUCCGCUUGGCCACUCCUGCCCAGUUCAACGACUUUGUGAGUCCCAUUUGCCUGCCCAACAAGCAACUGCGAGCGGAUGAACUGGAGGGCCUGGUCACCGAGGUGGCCGGAUGGCAGGCCACCUCCUCGCCCAGGUUGCGGAAGAGCUCUGUGACCAUCACCUCCAUCGAGGAGUGCCAGAAGAAGUACGCCGGCCACCAGUUGAAUAUCCAGGCCUCCCAGCUCUGUGGGCUGACCAGUUCCAAGGAGUGCCACGGCAACUCCGGAGGACCUUUGAUGCUCUUCAAGAACGAGGGCUAUCUGUUGGGCGGACUGGUGUCCUUCGGACCCGUGCCCUGUCCAAAUCCCAACUGGCCGGAUGUCUACACGCGGGUGGCCUCCUACAUCGAUUGGAUUCACGACAGCCUGAGGGCGUAGAAGGGAUCUUUGCGGUCACAACGAAUGUCAGUAAAUGUUUGGUGCCAAAUUACAUCUGUUAAAUAAAAUAAAUAU